AUGAUCGGCACGGUGUAUUUCUUUGCACUGCUGAGCUCCACGAUGGCCUGGGGGCGUGUAGGCCUGUGGAGAGAGGGGAGUGCGAGGAAUGAAACAGGAGGUGGAAGUGGGGACAGAUGUACCUGUGAUGCCUUCAUGCCCAGUUCAACUUUUCCUAUAGGAGACCUGGUGGUGGUAGAGCAGGCAGCCGGGGAAAUCUCCCACAAACUGGAGCUGGAGAUGGGAAAGCUGGAAGACUAUGAGACCAAGCUGAUAGCAUACGCAGAAAAAAUAAUAAAGAUCACAGUGGAAACUGAAAAAAUGGAGAAGAACCCUGAUGCCUACAAUGAUGCUGACAUGGACGAGAUGAAGGUGGAGAUUAAACAAGUGGAAGCUCUGAUUAAAGAACUGCAGCUUUCCAUCAGAGGCUCCACCACCAUCUUUGAGUCUCUGCGCGUACAGAUCUCAGCCAUGGUGGAGACCUUGAAUAGCCUGGAGAAGACCUACGACAAGAAUGUGGUUCUGGUGACCCGCCGAGAAUACAUCAAGGUGCAGCUGCAGCUGGAGGAGUGUGAGAGACGCCACCAGGAGCUCUUCAACCCAAACAUUGGGUCCUGUGCGCACACUGGUAUCAUCAAGGUCAGCAAGCCCAUUGUGAGCCAACUGAAUGCCCAUCUAAACUCAGGCUACAAAUUUGGAGGCUGGGGGAAAGAUUCAAAGCCUGUACCUGACAGAGAGUCUAUGUACUGGUACUCUGGCUACACUAGUGGCUCCAUCGUUGACAUUAGGUUUUACACCAACUACAAGAAUCUCAUUUUGAGAAACCACUUCCAGCAUCACAACUUACACAGCAGCUGGAUUGGUACAGGGAACAAUUUCAUCAUCCGUGACAAUUCCCUGUAUUAUCAGAUUAACAGUCCAUUUGGGUUGGCUAAACUGAAUUUCACCAACAUGAAAUAUGAGUCCAGGGUGAUUCCUGGGGCUAGCACCCGAUUUUCCUACACUAACUCCCCCAAUCAAAACUUUGACUUCGCUGCUGAUGAGACCGGCUUGUGGGUGACCUAUGCUACAGAGUCGUCCAGCGGUAGGAUGGUGAUUGCUAAAAUAGAUGAGCCUUCUUUUGGGGUCGAGGAGGAAUGGCAGACUAGUAUCUACAAACCAGGAUUGAGCAACGCCUUUAUGGUGUGUGGCGUUCUGUAUGCAGUCAGGACAGUCGAUAUCGAAACGGAAGAAAUCUUUUACAAGUAUGACACCAGAACCAAACAAGAGAGCUACAUCAGGAUCCCCUUUGAGAGGUUCCAGGAAAAGUAUUCCAACCUGGACUACAAUCCCAAUGACCAGAAGCUCUACAUGUACAAUGACGGCUACUAUGUUAACUAUCAUCUGUGGUUUAACCACACAACUAAAGCCACUGUGGAGCCACCACUUCUCCUGUCCUAAAUCAUUAUGUGAUUUUCUGAAAUAUAACAUCUUAUAAAUGAAACAAUGA